AUGAAUGUUUUUUCCUUUUUAAGCAAGCCAUUUGGAGGAAAAUCCAAGAACUUUAAUGGCAAGCAAAAUACCAAGAUGAAGAAGAGGGAUUUCGUAACAAUUAAGAAUGUUUGCUGCUCUACCCUUGUCGACUUAAGUUUUUUAGAUCUAAAGCUAUUUUUAUUUUAUGUUGUAGAGCAAUUCCAACUCUGGUUCCGAUAUGCUUUUUGUCGAUUUUUAAUAGUUAGUAUUGAUGCUUAUCGAUUUUUAAUACUUUUCGAUAUUUUGGGUAAUUCGUCAUUUUGGGUGUCGAUAUUUUGGGUCAUUCGAUAUUUUGGGUAUCGAUAUUUAGGGUGUCGAUAUUUUGGGUGUCGAUAUUCUGGGGUGGAGUCGAAAAAUGAAUUUAUGAUAAUGUUUGAUAUUCUUCUGCCUUGUAAUAUUUUAAUACCAACACAACCCCCAUCUCCCCCAGGCUUCCCUCCAGCCUUCAUUCUUGAUCCAGACUCAACUACAAUUGCAAAGUAUUCUUCUAGGGCAGCACUUUUAACUUUGGCAAUAAUUCCGUCUAUUGGACAAAUUGUUUUGACCGAAUUUAGUGGUUGUCCUCUACCUUUAUCUAUUUGCCAGCAAAUAAUUCCAGUAGCUUUUGAUUGUUGUAUGCAACUUUAUUCGAAUGUUCGUCAAACUUUGGUGGAUAGUUUAGAAGAGGUGGACGAUAAUUUAAUUGUUGAAAAUUUAAUGAUUGAAUAA